GCGGAAGGGCUGCCGCGGCGACUUCCGGCUCCGGUGCCCUUGGGCUGGCUGGGGACGAUGGCGGCCCUGGUGCUGCUGCGGGCGGGGCUGCCGCGGCCCCGCGGCGCCCAGAUGGCUUUCCUCGGGAGGAGCCUUGGCCGCCGCCCCGCGGUCCUGGCGGCCGUCGCCGAUCGGAGCGCCCCGGCCCGGCAAAGCCACAGUCCGCCCCAGCAGGGCCACGGCACUUCCAAGGCUGCGUCUUUGCACUGGACAGGUGAGCGAGCUGUCAGUGUCCUCUUGCUGGGUCUCCUUCCUGCAGCCUACCUGUAUCCUGGACCAGCCAUGGACUAUUCACUGGCUGCAGCCCUCACUCUCCAUGGCCACUGGGGUCUUGGACAGGUUAUAACUGACUACAUCCAUGGAGAUACAUCCAUUAAACUGGCCAAUACAGGUCUGUACGUACUGUCGGCUGUUACCUUUGCUGGCCUCUGCUACUUUAACUAUUAUGAUGUUGGUAUCUGCAAGGCUGUUGCCAUGCUGUGGAGCCUCUAAGAUGCAACCGAGUCCCUGACAAACGCGAUGGUUCACUGCUGCCUCUGCUUCAUCAUAUUUUUACCAACAUGUUUGAUGCAAAACAAAUAACCAAGGGUCCAUAGUAUGUACAUACUGCAGCCAGUUCAGAGCUAGUGUUUUAGAAAUAAAUAUCCAACAGCAGUAAAAAUAUUAGAAAAGAAAAAGUAGACUUAAAGUGGGUAACGUCCAGGUGAGAGUGAGUUGAUUUAAGCUGCACUGUAAAUUGGGAGGAAUUAAUUAUGUCAAUGACAGACUUACAUAGCUGAAGGUAACUUUCCUUGUAAUGGCACCUUUGAUGAGUGUUUUUCUAAAAUAACUGUUGUUUGGUUUCCUAUCUUGUAAAACAAACUUCGCUUGCAGAAAAUUGAACUUUUAUUUCUGACCACAACAACUGAACUGUAUGUAAGGCACACCCUGUAACUCUUUGGACCCUGAGAGUUGAUGUAGAAAAGGGAAUACUUAUUUCUUAAUCCAUACAAUAAAGAAUUUACAGAAA